GAGACUGGAAUUUGAGGAAGGAGGAGUGCAACUUCCUUCUCAGUCACUAAGUUCUCAUUUUUCUUUUCUUUCUCACAGUGCCAGGGCUGAUUUUCUGGGCUAAAAAACCAAAGAUUUGUUUAGAAUAGUUCUGAGCUCCCAGCAAUUCUCAUGUUUUUGCCAUUGCUUCCAGUGUUCAGCAUGGAUGCCUUUGACAGCCAAAGGAUGAAUGAGCAAUAGAAAAGGUUCAGCAACUCAGUGGUGUCUUCCUCUGGAUUCAGGGACCUGAAGGAACAAGCUUUUAUAUAACAAAACUACAAACGGGGAUCGCUGAGCACACUGUGAUUAAAUGGAAUCAGAAAUCACCUAUGCCGAAGUGAAGUUCAAGAAUGCAUCACCAACUGAAGAGGUUGAAGUACCUCAGAAGAAGAAGAAGCAUGAGCAACAUACCCAGACAUAUCCUCCAUGGCUCCCGUGGCUGAUCUCAUUGCUCCUCCUCUUGGUCUGUGCUGCCCUUGUUGUUGCUCUCCUAGUCACUCACAUCUCCUACAGCUGUGAUGAGCCCACAGCCCUGCAGCUGAACCUCACAGAGUGGCACUGUAUCUUGUCAGUGCCUCAAGGCAAAGGGCGAGGCUGGAAGUGCUGUCCAGAGGGCUGGAGACGCUUUCAAGACAGCUGCUAUUACUUCUCAGCUGAUCGGAUGCCCUGGGAUGAGAGCCAGCAGAACUGCAGUGGGAUGGGCUCCCACCUGGUGGUGAUCAAUACAAAAGCAGAGCAGGAUUUCCUCAAUAAGGAAAUAACACGACAGAAUACAUACCGGCGAGAAGGAAUCAAUUUACACAUCGGUCUGAGGGCACAGGAGGUGGGCCAGUGGCACUGGGCAGACCAGACUCCCUAUAAUGAAACAGCAACGUUCUGGAGGUCUGGGGAGCCAAGUAAUGCACCUGAUGAGACGUGUGUUGUAAUCCAUCACAAUACAGAACAUCUCCGGAACUGGAAUGAUGUCCCAUGCAAGACCUAUUCUUAUCGGAUUUGUGAAACUGCAGCAGUAACUAUAUGAUGGAGGAAUCCUCAUUCUGAGAUUAGCAGAGAACUGGGAACAGCAGAGGGCUGUGUUGGGAGGGGUAGGGGAGCCUUGGAGCCUUUAUCUUCCCUGUGCUGGGUGGGAUGAUGAGACUGGGAGUGAUGUUGCUCUGCAUCCAGCAUCCCCUGUGCAUAUGUAUUUCUGAAAGUACUAUGACCCCUGAAGUGGAAAGAAUCCAUGCUAGAAGAACUCUGCCUGUGCUUUCUCAGGCUGACCAUCCCAUCCCAUGGUUGGUGAAGACAGAUUUGGCAAUGGAAGCUCCAGGCAAGCAUGGCAGGUUAAGGGUCAUGUCUCGGAAAUGGGCCUAUAACUUUCUUUCAGUGCCAUUGCCUCCGUGGGACUGACAGACGAGGUUGAAAAAAGGUAGAGCUCUCCAGAAGGAAGAAGAUGCAGGAAUGCAAGAAGGAUAUUCAUUGCUACUAUUUCCUUUGUCUCCUUGAGAAGAGGUGCCUGCUUCUUGCUGGGUCAUAGAGAGUCCUGUUCAGCAUUGGUUUUGCUGAACAAAUACUGAUUUCCUGUAAACCAGAAAAUAUAAUAUUACACCGAUGAAAAA